GGGUGGAACUCUUUGCUGGGUAACAUACGAAAAAAUGGCUGUCUUCCCGAUGACCUUCGGGAAAUUGCCAUCUGCCGUCCUGCAAUCAUCAAUCGUGCCUGGUUUGAGUGGAAUCAUCAUGCGCCGAUUUUGACCGCAUCCCCAGGCUUUACAAAGGAAAAAUUCGACGGGGUGAAACAGGUUGAGCCGAAGGAUCAAGGCGCGUUAACCAACAAACAAUGGGCCGUGCUUCGCUACAGUGACGCUAUGACAAGACAUGUCACCGUUCCAAACCUACUUUUCCAGGAUCUGCAACAGGUGGGCUUUACGGACCAGAGAUUGUCGAAAUUACACUGACAUGUGCGGCUUAUAACAUGGUGAGUCGGUUUCUUGUGGCAUUGGACGUUUGA